CGACGCUCUCGCUGGAAGCGGUCCAGAGGAACGGAAAAUGGCGGACCUCGAAGACGUUACCCUGGACGGGAAGCCGCUCCAGUCCCUUCGUGUAGCCGAUUUAAAAGCUGCCCUCAAGGAGAGAGGACUGUCGAAAAGCGGAUACAAAAAUGCUCUCGUCAAAAGACUCAAAGGGGCUCUCAUGCUGGAGAAUCUGCAGAAGACCUCCACCCUCCACGGUGGGCGGCAACCAAACUUACAGAUGGACGAGGAGAUGAGCAACAAUAGCUUUAUCAAGCAGUAUUUCGCCAAACAGCAGGAGCUUUUGAGGCAGCGGCUAGAAAGAGAGGCUCGUGAAGCAUCUGAAAUGAACGAGCAAGAGGAUCACACAGAAGUAAAUAACAGCACCCCCAGCCCUGCUCAAGCCCAGGAUGUGACCCCCGCCUCAGCUGACCAUCACAAGUCAUCACCAGGCCCCUCUGACGGAGAGGGCCUCUUUGCCGCAGAAAACGAGGGAGAAGCUAACAGCAACCAGGAAGCUCACAUGUCCACUUCUCCCGCCUCUGGCUCGGUUGCAAUGCACAUUCCCGGCGGUGGCGGUGGCGAUCACCACGUGGACAAGAGUGCCGCAGCAAGCGACUUCCUUGCCGACAGUGACGACGACGACAGCGAGGAUGGCGAGGACGACGGCGACGACGAAGACUGGGACAGCAACAUUCGGAGGAGAGCCCCGAGACAGCCGGCCAGGGGGCCCACAGCUCCGGAGAGGUGUGGAGCAUCUUGUCAACAACCCCAGCAGCAGCACAUCCCUUCCCUCUUGUCUCCUCAACUCCGCCAGCCAACCCCUCCUCCCUCACCACCCCCCGAGUUAUCAUUCCCCUUACCCGACACCCCCAAACAGAGCCCCCCAAGUCCAGAUGUAGCCCCAGCUAGGCGCUCACCCAGUAGCUCCAGCUCCGGUUCCUCCAGCAGCGAUAGCCGCAGUAGCAGUCCAGAGCCGCAGAGAAGUGGACACGUGGAGCGCAAACCCGGCCCUUUAACUCUCCUGGCGCGCAAAAUGGAAUCCGAGGGAGCUUUCUCUGGAGCGGGUUGGCACGGUGGCAACGGGGAAGGCGGCAGAAAAGACGGCGUUACACCAGAACAUGCCGUGGCUCACACGGCCUCCACCGCCGGCCAUGUGCUCUUUUCCAUGACGCCAGGCACCGUUGACCAGGGCGCUGGCGGAGCACAGUCAGCCCAUAGCCACGUUCCUGUGAGUGUCCUCAAGGCUUCCGCGGCGGAAGAAUCUGAACUAGAGGCAGAAAGAGAGCGACUAAGAACCCUUGAGCAAGAGCAAGCGAUGGAGGAAGAGCGAAAAAGAGCUCUGGAAAGACAGGAGCGAGAAAAAGCCUUGCAGCUGGAGAAAGAACUUGCUCUAGAAAGAGAGAGGCAGGAGAGGGAAGAAGCUCUGGCCAAAGAGCAGGCAGAGCGAGAGCAAGCACUGGCAAGAGAGAGAGCCCUCGAGCUGGAAAGGCAAAGAGCCUUGGAGCAGGAACUUCUCCAGCGCCAGCGGGAGGAGCGAGAGAAAGAGUUAGAAAGACUCCAGGCUCUGGAGCGGGAGCGAGAGGAACGAGAAAAGGCCUUGGAGGAGGAACGAAGAGAAAAGGAACGAAUAGAGAGAGAGAAGAUGCUGGAGCAGGAACGGCUGGAGAGGGAGAAAGCUCUGGAGCUCGAGCGACUGCAAGCCUUGGAGCAAGAGCGGAUGGAAAAAGAGCGAGCCCUAGAGCUUGAGCGACUGGAGAGGGAGCGAGUCCUCGAGCUUGAGCGACUGGAGAGGGAGCGAGUCCUCGAGCUUGAGCGACUGGAGAGGGAGCGAGUCCUAGAGCUUGAGCGACUAGAGAGGGAGAAAGCUCUAGAGCUUGAGCGACUAGAGCGGGAGAGAGCCCUAGAGCUUGAGCAACUAGAGAGGGAGAAAGCUCUAGAGGUUGAGCGACUAGAGAGGGAGAAAGCUCUUGAGCUUGAGCAACUAGAGAGGGAGAAAGCUCUAGAGCUUGAGCGACAAGAGAGGGAGAAAGCUCUAGAGCUUGAGCGACAAGAGAGGGAGAAAGCUCUAGAGCUUGAGCGACAAGAGAGGGAGAAAGCUCUAGAGCUUGAGCGACUAGAAAAGGAGCGAGCGCUAGAGCUUGAGCGACUUGAGGCCCUAGAGCAAGAGCGACUAGAGCGGGAGAGAGCCCUAGAGCAGGAAAAACUAGAAAAAGCGAACGCCUUAGAGCAAGAGCGACUAGAGCAGAAAAAGGAGAGCAUCGAGACGGAAACAGCCAAAGAGUUAGACGCCGAGCGCCCUCCGUCCAAAUGCGGCGGCGAGCCGGGUCUCACCCCUCCCGUCGCCCCUCCCCUUUCCGCAGGACCAGAUAGAAAAACAGAGGCGGUCGACAAGGAAGAUGCCAGCGCCCCCACACCAGCAGAAUCGAGGUCACCCAUGUCACCGACAUCGCUGUCAUCUCCGCAGUCGUCACUCAAGAAGUUCCGCUUCUUAAGGGACCCUCCAGUCCAAUCCCCCACCCCUUCCAUGGUCAUCAAGCGGCCGCGUACUUUCUCUGACACCCCCCCUGUCUCAUCCAGUUUUGGAGAAGAGAAGGAAGGACAGCAAAGGCAGCAGGACGUCGGUGCCGGACCGCCGGGUCCAGUGGGCAGCCAGUCCAAGGAAGACCCAGCUUUGAACAAAAACAGCUCCAAAGAGAGCCUCACGGGUCCGGUAUCGGAGGACACUGAUAAAGAUGAUUCCACGAUCCAGGAAGAGCCCGCCAAGACCACAAAAGAUGCGGGUCCUUCAGCUCCAGUGGAUGCUACACAGUGGCAGGAAAGAGACGGAAAGGAAGUGAAAAAAACAAGAAAACGCUCAUCCUCUAAUGACUCGUCGUCUUCUGAAUCUGAUUCUGGGUCGUCGUCAUCCCGGUCUUCUUCCUCAUCUUCCUCUUCUCCUGACAAGACAUCCAUUUCAAGAAGCAGAAGGGAAGGAAAACCUCAAGGAAAGGCCUCACCACAGCGUAGCGUGUCUGCUGUGGCCCAGGAUGAUAGCAUAAACGAAAUACCAAAGGCCUCCCCUUACAAAAGAGAGAGAUCUGUAGAGAAGACUAACACACCUGAUGAUGGAGCGAGCCGGGCUAAGAAACCAUUCCUUCAAUCAACAACUAGGGAAGAGAGGAAGAGAAACGACAGCGAAGGAUUGGAGGAAAAAGACGAACAAAGGACGGGGAUUGAGUCUGCAAUGGCAGAUUCAGAGAAGGUUCCGGAGACCAGCGAGGAGACACCCAAGGCCUUCUCGACUCGGAAGAUCUCUCUUGGCAGCAGUAAGUCAUCUCCAGGCAGAGGCAGCACGGACAACGAUCAGGAUUGUGGGACAGCUGGUGGUCGCAAGAGGAGGUGGGGUUCCAGCACCGUGGUCACGGUCAAGAAGCCUUCCAUUAGCAUCACCACAGAUUCACUGAAGUCGCUGAUCCCAGACAUUAAGCCAUGUGCAGGCCAAGAUGCUAUUGUGGACCUGUACCCCGAGGAAGCUGUCCUGUCCGGUGCUGAGGAAGAAGACCCAGAAAGCUCGGAGCAGGACCUUCAGAUCAGACGCACCGUCACACAAGUGGUGGCGUCAGACAGCCAGGAGAACGGACAAAAGGAGGCGAAGAGGAGCAGGAGGGAGGAGUCUGAGGUGAACGACGUACAAAGCGACGCAACUCAUGAAGACAAAAGCUCCGUUCCUGAAGACAUGGAAACUCAGUCACCGUCCCAACCCAGCCAAGAUGUAGAACUCAGCACUGUGAGCACAGGUGAAACCAUCAUUCGUCGCUCCAUCAGCCAGCAGAAAACGGGUGUUUCCAUCACCAUUGACGACCCCGUACGCACCAACCGACAACCAUCACCACCACGAGGCAAAGUUUCCAACAUUGUUCAUGUUAGCAACUUGGUGAGGCCGUUCACUCUCGGCCAGCUGAAGGAGUUGCUGGGCAGGACCGGCACCCUGGUGGAGGACGGCUUCUGGAUCGACAAAAUCAAGUCCCACUGCUACGUCACUUACUCGAGCUCAGAGGAGGCGGUCGCCACGCGGGAAGCUCUUCACGGAGUCAAGUGGCCUCAGAGCAACCCAAAAGUUCUUAGCGUAGACUUCUGCCAGCAAGAUGAGCUGGACUUCCACAAAGCCUUGGGAACAGCAGACAAACCCGCCACCGAGGAGCGCUGGCCAGGUUCCACCCGUUGUCUCGCCACCGGCCUGCCCUCGCUCCUCCCCGAGCGAGACCAGUGGGCGGAGCGUGAGCGGGAAAUGGAGCGGCGGGAGAAGGCCCGGUCGGAGCGGGAGUGGGAUCGAGACAAGGUCCGUGAGUUCGGGAAGCCCGGCGAGGAGAAGGACAAGGAGGCGGGCGGGCGGCGGUCACGCUCCAGAGACGGGCGACGCAAGGAGAGGGCGAAGAGCAAGGAGAAGAAGAGCGAAAAGAAAGAGAAAGCAGCCGAAGAACCACCCGCUAAGCUUCUGGACGACCUGUUUCGUAAAACCAAAGCGACUCCUUGCAUCUACUGGCUGCCACUGACGGAGGAACAGACGAUGGAGAGGGAAGCCGCCAGGGCGGAACGCAUGAAGGAGCGCGAGAAGCGGCUGAAGCAGCAGCAGGAGGAGAAGGAGAAAAAAAGGGAAGAAGAGCGCAAGGAGAGGAUUAAAGGCGGCAGCGUGGCGGCGGGAGAGCGCGGCGACGGGGAGAAGGACAAGGAGCGGGACAGAGGUAAAGACAGGGACAGGGACAACGACAAACGCAGCAGGGAUGGCUACCGCAGGCCGGGGGCGAGCGGGGAAAGCGGGAGCAGGCGCUCGCGGAGUCGCAGCGAACCGCGAGACAGGCGGCGUUAGCGGAGACCACUUUUUCCUCCGUUUGCCUUUUUUUUUUUUUUUUUUGUUCCAAGCGAGACCCCCCAGCAAAAAGGACCAAUCGUGUCGUCACUCUUGUCAAAGCACAUGUCCCUCCAGAAGUGGGCGUGCGGCGAGGUUGGCGUCUCGUUGGCGCGCAUCAUCAGCAAGAAUAACGAUAGGACGCGUCACCGCCAUCUUUCUGCAAAUGUUACAUUGGCGACAGGCGUUUAAAAAAAUAAAUAAAUAAAAAAUUUGCAAUCAUGCAGAAAAUACAUUUAUAACAUCCGUGGAGAAAUAUUUAUUAUCAUAACGACCUUUUUAUCCCCGCCUCCCUCCUUCGGCACGCCACUCACUCUUCAUCUCCACCUUCACUCAAAAGGGGACCACCGUGGCUGUGAGUGAUGUCACUCCUCAAGCUUUGAUGUAUAUUGUCCUUAUUCCGUCAUUUCCCGUACGGGUGCCAUCAUUUUUUUUUUGCUCCUUGCCUGCGCAUUCAACAGCCCUGCACUGAGAACGAGGAGGCCUUACGACGGCACGGACGGAAAAGGAGCGCAUCAAUCUCUCUCUCUCGGUGCCGCUUGGAAUCAGAGAGGAGAAAAAAAUAAAGCGUGUGCUAUUUUGUACAGACGUGUAAUCACAAAUCCACCUUUUUAAAUGAGGCAGCUUUGGAGUAUUAUGGAGCUUAUAGGCGAUGCAGUGUUUCUCUCCAGCUUUUUUUUUUUUUUUUAAUUCCAAACCCAAGAUUCUCUUAAAAUGGAGGAGGCGAUGCUUUUUUUUUUCUUU